CCUUCCUCCUCGCCCUCGUCAGCCUCCUCCUCCUCCUCCUCUGAGCCUUCCUCCUCGCCGUCCUCAUCCUCUGAGCCUUUCUCAUCCGCAUCCUCCUCCCCUGAGCCUUCCUCAUCCUCCUCCUCAUCUUCCUCUGAGCCUUCCUCAUCCUCAUCAUCAUUCUCUGAGCCUUCCUCCUCAUUACCAUCAUCCUCCUCCUCGUCCUCCUCCCCUGAGCCUUCCUCAUCCUCCUCCUCUGAGCCUUCCUCAUCACCGUCCUCAUCAUCAUCUUUCUCAUCGUCAUCCUUCUCUGAGCCUUCCUCAUCCUCAUCAUCAUUCUCUGAGCCUUCCUCCUCAUCACCAUCAUCCUCCUCCUCGUCCUCCUCCUCUGAGCCUUCCUCAUCACCAUCAGCAUCCUCAUUCUCCUCUUCCUCCUCCUCUUCCUCCUCCUCAUCCUCCUCCUCCUCUGAGCCUUCCUCCUCAUCACCAUCAUCAUCGUCAUGCUCAUGCUCCUCCUCCUCUUUCUUCUCCUCAUUCUCCUCAUCCUCUGACCUUCCUCCCUCAUCCUCAUCGUCCUCAUCCUCUGAGCCUUCCUCAUCCUCCUCAUCCUCUUGA